GUGCAGUUUGUUGCGAGGUGGCACCCGGCUCCGGCAUUAUAAAGGGCGCCACGAGUCGGCAUUGUCAGGCGGCGGCACCGCGCGGGAGGGAGCUUGGCUGUUGGUCGGUGGGUUCCCGUGCGGCGGCGGCCAAGGAGGAGGAGACACAGUUGGCGCAGCUCCGUGGGCUGACUGAGGCGAGGCCUCAGCAGCGCGAGCUUGAGUGCGGCCGAGCCCGCGGCGCCUUCCCCUGCUGGUGGGGACGAGCGGGCCCCGCGGCGUCAUCGGCGGCGAGGAGCCGCCGCGCCUCGGCCUAGCAUGUCGGAAGCGGGCGAGGAGCAGCCCAUGGAGACGACGGGCGCCACCGAGAACGGACAUGAGGCCGUCCCCGAAGGCGAGUCGCCGGCCGGGGCUGGCACGGGCGCCGCGGCGGGGGCUGGAGGCGCGACCGCGGCGCCCCCGAGCGGGAAUCAGAACGGCGCCGAGGGCGACCAGAUCAACGCCAGCAAGAACGAGGAGGACGCGGGAAAAAUGUUCGUUGGUGGCCUGAGCUGGGAUACUAGCAAAAAAGAUUUAAAAGACUAUUUUACUAAAUUUGGAGAGGUCGUUGACUGUACAAUAAAAAUGGAUCCCAACACUGGACGGUCAAGAGGGUUUGGGUUUAUCCUGUUCAAAGAUGCAGCCAGUGUGGAGAAGGUCCUAGACCAGAAGGAGCACAGGCUGGAUGGCCGUGUCAUUGACCCUAAAAAGGCCAUGGCUAUGAAGAAGGACCCGGUGAAGAAAAUCUUCGUUGGGGGUCUGAAUCCUGAAGCCACUGAGGAAAAGAUCAGGGAGUACUUUGGCGAGUUUGGGGAGAUUGAGGCCAUUGAAUUGCCAAUGGAUCCAAAGUUGAACAAAAGACGAGGUUUUGUGUUUAUCACCUUUAAAGAAGAAGAACCCGUGAAGAAGGUUCUGGAGAAAAAGUUCCAUACUGUCAGUGGAAGCAAGUGUGAGAUCAAGGUGGCCCAGCCCAAAGAAGUCUAUCAGCAGCAGCAGUAUGGCUCUGGGGGCCGUGGAAACCGCAACCGAGGGAACCGAGGCAGCGGAGGUGGUGGUGCUGGUGGAGGUCAGAGUCAGAGUUGGAAUCAGGGCUACGGCAACUACUGGAACCAGGGCUACGGCUACCAGCAGGGCUACGGGCCUGGCUAUGGCGGCUACGACUACUCGCCCUAUGGCUAUUACGGCUACGGCCCCGGCUACGACUACAGUCAGGGUAGUACAAACUACGGCAAGAGCCAGCGACGUGGUGGCCAUCAGAAUAACUACAAGCCAUACUGAGGCGGCAGCAGGAGCGACCAACUGACCGCACACAUGCUUUGUUUGGGUAUGGAGUGAACACAAUUAUGUACCAAAUUUAACUUGGCAAACUUUCUAUUGCCUGUCCCAUGUGCAUCUUAUUUAAAAUUUCCCCCAUGGAAAUCACUCUCCUGUUUACUAUUUCCAGAGCUCUAGGUGUUUAGGCAGCGUGUGGUGUCUGAGAGGCCAUAGCGCCAUCAUGGGCUGAUUUUUAUUACCAGGUCCCCCAGAAGCAGGUGGGAGGCUCUGCUUCCUGCUGCCGCUCUGCAGCCUGGACCUGUGGACCCUGGUUGUAAAGAGUAAAUUGUAUCUAUCUUAGGAAACCAGUGUCACCUUUUUUUCACCUUUUAAUUUUAUAUUAUUUGCGUCAUACAUUUCCUGUAACGGAAGUGUUAAUUUUACUGUACUUUUUGGUACCUUUUGGGAAUCUAAUGUAUUGUAAGGUAUUUUACACGUGUCCUGAUUUUGCCACAACCUGGAUAUUGAAGCUAUCCAAGCUUUUGAAAUAAAAUUUAAAAACCCCCAA